AGCGAUCGUCCGGGCGGCAGUCCCGCCCACGCUGCCUGGAUCGAGCUACUACGCAUGUUCCUCUCUGACCACCAACGCAUCGAGGACAAGAUUCUCGAGCCAUGAUCCAACUAUGCAGAGCGGAGGAUGGAAAAACCGUUGACCUCGCGGAUUCGGUAUGGGACCUGGAGAGGGAGGUCAACCUGGAGCGACUGUUAGAGGAGAAGGCAGGAAUCUACCAAGGAGACGGGCUCGCAUAUCUUUCGGACGGGAGACGGUUGACUAAAGAUAAUGUGCGGGAUAUUGCUGGAGUUGAGGACCAAACUAUCUAUGUGUUCAAUAAGCGCUACCUGGACUUGGACAUGCAGGAGGUGCUGUCCGAGCUUCAGGAAGAGCCAACACUACAACCUCCAGUGGAAGAUACAAUAUCAUCUACGCCUCCAUUUCGUAUAUCCCAGCUGGCCACUUCGUACGAGCACGCCGCUCGUCAACACCAUGACCAAGUCCAGCGGACUCUCGCCUCCAUGCAUUACCAGCACUCCGCCAUACGCAUCGCUUCGGGCGUACUGGAUCUCCAUGUUCUCGCCAUCGCCGACGUCUCUGAAGGCGUGACUGCUGCAGCGCAGCGCGAGGUCGACAGACAGGCUGCCCUGCUCGGUGGUCUGGAUGCAGACCUGGAGAUCGUAGCGCGAGUGCAUGUGCACAAGGAGUUCGUUAGUCUUGCGAUGAGAAAGGCGAUGAAUGUGGGCGAGCGCAGCCGAACGUUGGGAGACUACGUGAGCAGGGUGAAGAUGCGUCAGGUCGCGGAUAGCUGCAUACGGACCCACGAUGAUCUCAAGGAGCGACUGCAGCAGUCACAAGAGGUCAUGUCGAGGCUGAACGAUGGCGCACAUGAGGUUCGGGAGUUUGUCAAUCAGCAAAGCCCGCUAGAAGAGGCAGAAAUUUGCGUCAAGAGAGCACAAGAAGCGUUGGAUGGCAUUGCAGAGUAUCACUCGGCACAACAAAUACCGAGCUCGCAGUUCGAGAAGGCCGUCCACGACCUUCGUCAUUGUGACGCGGUACUGCGUGGUCAAGUGGAAACCAUGGCGACUCUCAAAAACUCACAUACAGAGGGUUGCAUCCUCGCCCUCCGGCAGAUCAGCGCAUUGAACCAUGAACUGAUCGAACUACGGCAAUUAUUGACGUCACUUCAGGGUGGCCUCAAAGCGAAGACGAGUUUCUCGCACAUACAACGGCUUCACAGUAUGUUGUAUGCAUAUGGCGCCACAGUCAUCGAGAUCGUUAGAAGAAAAGAGUUUGCGCGUUUCUUUUAUCAACGUGCUCAGAGCAUUCUCGAGGUCAUGGCUAAGCUUUCAGCAAGCGAGCGGAAGCGAAGACAGCUGUACCGCGGAGACGUGCAUGGUCAAUUACCUUUCGAGACGCGGGGUAUGGAUGACCCUGUCCCCACCAUCGAUUUCUCUCCCACUGGGCCUCUUGACCUACCAUACUCGCUGGAGCGUCCGGACAUCGACGAUCUCCUACAUGUGCUCGAUGACCUGGAUCAUUUCGCGGAAGCUUCACAGGACCCGUCCGCGGUGAGCUCCGUGCGGGAAGCCCGCGCGAGUUUGGACAGACUGGUUGGCAAGAUGGACAGCCUCGAGUCGGGCUUCGAUCGCAUCGCGGAACGGUCAUUGCUGUCAGCAUCCCGAUUGACGAACCAUAGGCGGCGUUCUACCGAGGAGGAUAUUGACCUCGAGAUCCAGGUACAGGAGUUGCGUGAAGCACAGGCGCAGCGAGAACUCUCGUUCCAGAACGAGCGCCAGGCUCUAGAGCACGAACUGGCGGAACUGCGGUCUUCACUACAAGCAGAGUCGGCGGCACGCGAUCAUCUCGAACGUGACCUUCACUCUGCCAAGGCACAGUUGGAGAGCGAAACCACGUCCAGGCGCAUCCUUGAGGAGCGCAACGGCGACCUCUCAUCCGAUGCUAACCGACACCGCGAUGUACUCUCCCGAGCCCUCUCGGAAGCCACUGAACAGGCUAAAGCAGCCGAGAUUGCGCGACAGGAGCUUGCCCAGGUGCGGGCAGAGUUCAAGCAUGUCAAGGCCAUCGAGAAGCAAAACUCCGACAGACUAAACAAGCUCCUGGAGGAGCAGACGUCCUCGCUGAGGAGGCUAGAAGAGGCCCGAGCUCGCGGAGAGGACCUAGAGGCACAGAUCAGGGAGGCGCGCACUGAGAGUGACGAGGUCAAGCGCUCUCUGGCUGAGGCAGCAAGGGAGAAGGACCGGCUACUGCGCAUUCAAGCAACUGAGCAUGACCGCGUCAUACGCGACCAUAUUGCGGAGGCUGACGGCGACCGGGCCGUGCUGGAGCACCAAUUCUCUGAACUCAAGGUUGCCUUGGAGGAUGCGGGGCGACAGCUGAAAGAUGUGCGUGCCCAAGCGGAGAUGGCUCAAGCGGACGCUGUUGGCUUGCGCGAAGAACUGCAGCGUGUGGAGCACAACCUCAGGGAGGCUCAACAUAUCGAACACGUCCUGCGCGAGGACCUGAGGGUCGGUAGGGUAUCGCAGUCGGAGUAUGAGCAGCGACUGGAGAACAGCAGCCGCCUAGUUGCUCAGCUGCUAGACGUGGCGCUUGCCUUCCGGGAAUCUCACAUAAAGGCACUCGCGGCUGCCCAAGCCAUGGCUUCCCAUCCCGUGGCCAACAAGGCUUCGAAUAGUGCCGCUCUCACUGACUCUGCCAUCAGCCCAGGGCGACUCAGUAUUCUCAGCCUUCUUCACAUAGAGCCAUCACACAUUGACCCGUCUGACCCUGCUACUGCACUUGAAGCCCUUCGCGCAUUCGACCAUGACCACUUCCUGGAGGCGAUCAACAAGGCAGGAUCGACCAUACGAAAAUGGCAGAAACAAUGCAAGGAGUAUCGCGAGCGGGCGAAGGGGAAGAUCUCGUUCAGGAACUUUGCGAAGGGUGACCUCGCUUUGUUUCUCCCGACACGGAAUAGUGUGUCUAAACCGUGGGCUGCGUUCAACGUCUCUUUCCCGCAUUAUUUCCUUCAGGCUACCGGUCACCUUGCCGAGCAGCUCAAGACGAGGGAGUGGAUCGUCGCGAGGAUUACAUCGAUCACCGAGCGCGUGGUCGAUCACAAGGAUCCGAGCACCAAUCCAUACGGCCUCGGCGAUGGCGUCAAGUAUUACAUGCUGGAGGUGGAGGAUUGGACACAGCCAGCCUAUCCAUCGAAGCGAAGAGACUCAGCGAGGAAGGUUUCCACCGAGGUGAAGGAGUCGACGAGCCCUCCCCUGCCAAGUCCGCCGAUCCCGGAAGCCAGCACUCUGUCCGUUCCAGCUGGUCCUCCAGAAAACGAGGUCGAGGACUCCUUCAGCGCCACGCGGCCCCCUAAUUCACGGCUUUUCCCCAUCCGUCCUCGUGUCAAUUCCUCUCCGACUGCAGGCCCGUCCUCGCUUUCCCGUCUGCUGGCCCAAGCACAGCCGCCCGAAUUGUCAUUGGAGCAGGAGAGUACACCCGUGGCCCAGAAGCCUCCCCCGGAGGCAAAGCUACCAUCACCUGCAGCGUCACCGCAACCGCCUCCGUCCCCGACCCAGACAGGCUCCGUGCCUCGAAGCUCAAUCGGGCAGCGCUCAUCCUCAUUGCGACCCGGCUCGAGGGCGUCGCGAGUGUCGACGUCUUCGAAAUUCUCGGCGGGCCGCAUACCGUUCGGCGCCACUUCAUCUGUAGCGAAGGCAGUCGCGACCACUGCUAUUUCAGAGCAGGCCGCGUCGCCCUUGUCAGACGUUUCUGGUACGUUGAGCGCCGCCCGCCCAGGCUCGGUCACGCCUUCCCCAGAGGGCUCACCGACUGAAGGCAUUGCAAGCUUGAUGGCACAUCGACGGAGGACGACCUCUUACCAUGUACCGCGCCCCUCCACAGCUAUGCCUGCCUCUGUCAGUGCUGCUUCACCUUUGAUCGGGGUUUCCGCAGGAGUCACUGCUGGUUCUACAGCCGGUGUGACAGCACGGAGUACUCUCGCUAAUCUCGCUAGCAGCUGGGGCUUCGGUAGGAAGAAGCGGCCUGAGCUGGUGGUAGAGGAGCGAGCACCUAGCCCGGAUACCCCUGGGCCGAAUCCCAUCAGCCCGAGCCACGUAUGGGAGAACUCGACGCAACUGAGCUCGUCACCGCCGAGCAUGCCGGGUAACCUGCACCGGUAGUAGGAACGGCUACAUUACUUUUUGUCUGCGACUGCUCGUAGGCUUGGGACGCUCAUUACAUCAUGAUAUCUUUUGGAUCUACCUUGACACCUCGUUAGCAUUCAAGUUCGCAACUGCACACUCAUUCAUAGUCCUUCUAAUAUUUACAUCGGAAUGCUUUGUUCAUGCACUAAGAAAUAGACCACUGCAACGUUGCUUCGCGCUCGACCGCACUGUAGGAAAGGAUGUCAAUUGGUUCUCUAGAUGUUGUGGUGUUGGAAAUACUGUGAGUCCACUGAUGGGGGAUUACGUCCACGAAGCCAAGCACGGCGAGUAACCGCCAUCAACGCAACUUGAAGUGAGC